AUGGAGAGCCCGCAGCCCCCAAUCCUGCUGCUGCACGCAGAGAAGACGCUUCUACACCCCGUGAAACCGCAUCUGCUGACGUACUGCCCGACAAUGGACCUUGUCGCGACGGUAUCUGAAGAGGAGGAGGUGGACGUGUGGAGAAUCAGCGGGCAGAGGGCGUUUGGGGUGAAGAGGAAAGGAAUGGCAGAAGUUGAACGGGUGUGCUGGAAGUUUAAUGGCCAAGCCAUUGCAGUCGCCUGGAGCGAUGGGACCGUCGAUGUGAUCUCUGCAGAAACGGGAAAAUUCUUGCUGAAGGAUUCGACUACUGUUCAUGGUUCUCAAGAGAAGGCUGGGAAGAGUCAGGCAAAAGUUGCAUGCUUGGGCUGGGGCGUCAACUUCAUCGAUGUGGAUGCGGUCAAAGCCAGAACAGGCAUCUCUACCAAGGCGUCAAAACAGCGUUCCGAAGACGGUCCGCUCUCAAUCAAUAUUUCGUCUAAUGGAGAUGGAAAAGGGCUGCUCACGACGGAAGAUUGGGAUUCGUUCCGCGACGAUACGACGCUCGACGAUUUCCUCCAGCGCCAGCCCGACCUCAGCAAUCUUGAUAUCAGUCCGGACUUACCGGAUCAGCUCGCCAUGAUGGAUGUAGAGUCUCUGCUCCCAAAACUUCCUGUCAUCCCUGUACCACCUGCGAAUCCCUUCGCUCGACCUGCUGCUGGAGAUACCGGCGCAUUCAGCUCACAGGCUCAAAUCGAUGGCAUCUUCCACUCUCAUCAUCUGAAGGAUCAUAACGCUGUGGACGUACUCGUCAGAUGCAUGGAUGAUGGAACCAUCAGUCCGACUAUCUACGAUUCUUUGAGCACUGUGAGCGUUGGCCUGCCGGCUGCGUGGCAGGUUGAGAAAACAAGGCCUCUGGUGCACGCCAGCCAUCCUUACAGCUGCAGUCACGGCCUCCUAAUAGAGAUCACUUCCCGAAAUACCACCAGCUCUCGUUCAAGUAUUGAGUCUGACACUCGCCUUGUCCUCGUCCCUCUUACUCUCCGCUUCAUCUCUUCUGCGGGAAUCUACUUGCAUCUCAUUGCAUCUAAGACUACUCAAUUGCAGAAUUUGCUGCAGUAUGUGGCUCAAUGCCUCCAGCGUAUGCGUGCUUUCUGGACUCAUGCGCAAGAUCUGCCGGCGCGGUUUAUGCGCAAUAUCAGUGAAACGCUGGAGGAGAAAGGAGAGGGUACUUUGGAGCAGGCGCUCUAUCAUCUAGCAGUUACGGGAAGCUGUCCGGCUACGCUGAAGGAGUGGUUGGUGGAGGAAUUAGCGGAGAGUGGCCACAAACGCUGGGAUCACGCCGCCAUCACUGGCCUCACAAAGCUCCUAGAUCUCAUACACACCUCACUCCUCCCCGCACUCGACCGCUGCAGCAUAGUCACCAGCACACUCCGCGGCCUCGCUCGCUACCAUGACGAGUCUUUCUCGCGCCUUUUCUCCAUUCCUCUCCCUGUGUUCGGCGCCAUCCUUGACUCCAUCCGCUCCGUUCGUUUCCUCGCACAUUCGGUUCUUAUUGCCACUGGCGACGAGAAGCGGCAGUUUGCCGCGUUUUCCCGCUGGCUACGAUGGGAGAUCGACGUCAGAGGUGCGGAGGGUAGUCGCGAAGAAUCAGAUGGCGAGCGAGAUCCCGACAUCGACUACAGCUUGUUGCUAGAGUAUCUGCAAGGACCACUGCGGCAAAGCGAUGUUGCACCCUAUUUGCGGCCAGGAACGGAACUCGCUGCCCUGGCUUCGCCUCCGACAACGGCAUCGGAGAUAGGGUACGACGAUACGCGGAAGGCAGUGCAGGCUGCGAAGGAGGGCAAGGUGUAUAAAGAGGAAGCGCUCUCGUUGGAGCUUGCGAACGAGCGGUUGAAGAAGGUGUGUGGAAGACUGUUUGAGAUGAUUGGAAAGUGGCAGGCGGAGAGCACGGGGCUGGGUACUGGUGUAGUGCUUGAGGAGGGGGAGAGUAGGGGGGCGGACUUGAGGAUGGUGUUUGAGGACUUCGAUGGCUCAAACGAUAUCACCACCUACGCCGCUGUACUACCGAAGACUAACACGAAUGAGAUCCGCCUCCACCGCAUCACUCACGCCGACGUCUUCGACGAAUCUCCUAAUUCCGUUCGAUCGUGCGACACCACCACAUUGCAAUUCGGCUCUGGCACAGUCCUUGACGUCAAGUUUGCGGACGACGCCGAGCUGAUUGCACUUGUGCAUGUAGAGGACUCAUCCUAUCUCCUCUCAAUCCCCUACAACCCCAACCUCCCCCUCAUCCCUUCCCCGUCCACUUCCUUGCAACCUCUACCACCACUACCCUACCACCCUCUUUCAUCUCCUACCUUCUUUCCCGCCGCCCCUGAUCAAUCUCAACCCAACGUCCCCGCACUCGACCUCUCCGACCCCGCGCGGCUGAAGCCGUAUAUCAAGCACAUCUUCGCGAACGAUGGCUUUGAGCCUGAGGAGAUAGUCGUGAAUGGGCGCAAAGAUAGGAGGGUAGUGGCUGUGUUGGAGAAAGCGAGGCGGAGGGUGAGAGUGCUAGAUUUAGGAUACAGGGAAGACGAGAAUAAGAAGAGGGAAGGGGAUGGAGGAACAGAGGAUGUGGAGGAUAGUGAGAGUGCGAGUGAUGUUGAUAUGAUGGGGUAGGGGGAGGGGUUUAUGAGUAGUGGAUUCACCGCGUUGAGGAUGUUAGAUGGCGUUGUUGUUGAUGAGAUAUGGUUCGGGGGACUACAGAGGUGUGUGUGAGGAUUCAGUGGGCUGGCAUUGGGCGUGUGAUUUGAAAAGCGCACGAGGAAGGGUGGUGGAGGCGUGGUUGUGGGUUUGAUGGCUUGAUUUAGAGGUGCGGGGCGUGACAUACUGCUUUCCAGGCCUUCUAUCCUCCCAGGAGCACAUCAAAGCACUAUUCAUCUUGGUAAUUCGCUCAUGCGAUAAAUGCAAUCCGAACAGUGCUUGAAUAAGAGUAACGGAGGCAUGGCUGUAUGUCGCCGGCCUGAUUUACCUUGAACGGAACUUUACAUCGUAAUUCGCAAACUCUCUACACCCC